UGAGUAAUACGGCCUUUUUAAAGUUCCGAAGGGGAAAGGGGAAGGGAGACCUGAAAGAGAAGAAAAGGAUAGGAACUUUAGUGGACAGGUUCCUGGUCCAUAAAAACCGAAGGAAUCAGUCGGAUGGAAAAUAUUUCUUGAACAUAUAUAUAUUUUUGUAUUUUAUGAAGAUAUAUACUAUUGGGUAUUCAUCGAUUAUACGGGUAGCUAACUCUGCUAGCCAUCAAGCUAUAUCGGCGUGCUAGCUGCGAACAGACAGCAAGGCAGCUAGCAUAACAACCAAACGACAAAGGAAAUAAAGCCAGCAAACUAGUCUUUCAAGAAAAUAUUCAUUUUGUAUCUUUCGCCCACUGCGGGUUGGGGCCUUAGCUACCUUUGAUUAAUCUGCGAAAUUAUACCAAGCGGAAAGCCUGACUGCCUGAAAAAAAAUCUUCAACAAUUAAUUAAAAUGGCGGAGCCGGACAAAUUAAACAUCGACUCCAUAAUACAGCGUCUCCUGGAAGUGAAGGGCUCUCGGCCAGGCAAGAAUGUGCAGCUGACGGAGAACGAGAUCCGUGGCCUGUGCCUCAAGUCCCGGGAAAUCUUCCUCAGUCAGCCAAUCCUGUUGGAGCUUGAGGCGCCACUCAAGAUCUGUGGUGACGUGCAUGGCCAGUACUACGACCUGCUGCGGCUCUUUGAGUACGGCGGCUUCCCACCUGAGAGCAACUACCUGUUCCUGGGCGACUAUGUGGACAGAGGCAAGCAGUCCCUGGAGACCAUAUGCCUGCUGCUGGCAUACAAGGUCAAAUAUCCUGAGAACUUCUUCCUGCUGCGCGGCAACCACGAGUGCGCCUCCAUCAACCGCAUCUAUGGUUUCUAUGAUGAGUGCAAGAGGCGGUAUAAUAUCAAGCUCUGGAAGACAUUCACAGACUGUUUCAACUGUUUACCUGUUGCUGCCAUCGUAGAUGAGAAGAUCUUCUGUUGCCAUGGCGGGCUCUCUCCUGACCUGCAGUCUAUGGAGCAGAUUCGUCGUGUGAUGCGUCCCACAGAUGUGCCUGACCAGGGCCUGCUGUGUGACCUGCUGUGGGCUGACCCUGACAAGGACGUGCUGGGCUGGGGCGAGAACGACCGUGGGGUCUCCUUCACCUUCGGCGCUGACGUGGUGGCCAAGUUCCUGCACAAACACGACAUGGACCUUAUAUGCAGGGCACAUCAGGUGGUAGAGGAUGGUUAUGAGUUCUUUGCCAAGAGGCAGCUUGUCACUCUCUUCUCGGCGCCCAACUACUGUGGAGAGUUUGACAACGCUGGAGCCAUGAUGAGUGUGGACGAGACCCUCAUGUGUUCCUUCCAGAUUCUCAAGCCUGCAGACAAGAAGCUGUACAGUUACGGUGGAGGUGGAGGCAUGGGUUCAGGCCGUCCAGUCACCCCGCCGCGAAAUUCAGCAAAGGGUGCAAAAGCCAAGAAAUAACACCCGCUGGAUAACCCCCACACAUUUCCCUUUCCUCUCCCUUCCCUCCUCUUUCUCUCUCUACCUCCCUCCCAUCUUGCGCCCCACAUCACCAAACAGCAACAUAAGCAAAACUUGUACCCAGGGUUUUAGCCACCUUCCCUCUUUUAUUGUUUCUUCUUUUUUGUUUUUCUUUCAUUUUUUUUGUAAUUACUAUCUGGUGAUGUAUGAGGUGAUGCGGUAUGUUUGUGUUUCUGUAUGUAUGUAUGUGCGAGAGGUUUGUAAAAUUCUUUGUGCUCGUCCUGCCUCUCUCCCUUACCCACCCCCCUUAAAAAAUGUCUCCCUCUCUUAGUCAUAGGGAUGUGUCUGGCCUCAGAAGCAGCAGUGAGAAUGCCCACCCAGGCACAAAAGCUGUUUUUAAUGGGAUAUGGAAUGGGAUGGGGACAUACAAUGUCGAGAGCGGAAAAGUGUGUGCAAAGAGGGGAGAAUUGGGUGGAGCCACUGCUGUGUGUGUCCAGGCUGUUGUGUGUAUUGAUGCUGAACACAAAGCUUUUUAUCUUUUUUGUCAGUGGGAGGACCAGCCUGUCUGUACUGUAACACAUUUAUACACAUGCACACAAUCUCUCAACCACUGAUACCAGGAUUGAACAUGUGUAGACCGAGGGGUCAGACACCAGGGGGUUUGGGUCUCUGAAACCCAGUGAUUUUUAAACUCCAUCAUGGAUGUGAAAUUCUUAUUUUAUCUUUUUUUUUUCCUUUUACUUUUAAUGAUGGAUCACAUCAGUUUUAAGUCUACUUAUAUGUGUGUGUUUUUUUUUUUUUUUUUUUUUUUUAGUCUCUUUAAAAGUCUCGAUGAUAAAUAAAGAGAACUGUUUAUUUAAAAAACAACUGCGAAAUGCCCCACUCUGCUUUCUGCUUGUUCCUGCUCAAGUUCACCUUUGAUCCAUCUCUCUGAUCAUAUUUGGCCAUGUUUGUUGCUUUUCUGUGUUUAUCCUCCUCCCCUUCUCUCUUCCCUUUUUGAAAAACGAGUGCUGUCUGUCUUUAAAGCCUCAAGAUCCCUUCGGGGUUGAAUAGCAGGGAUCUUUUGAUGAAUAACCACCACUUCCUGCCUGUCCACCCCUGACUCUGUCCCACCACCAAAAGAAAAAACACUUUGGCCUUCAGAGUUUCAUUUGCUGGAAAUGACUGUAAAUAAAAGGCCAUCCCUGACCUGUUCUGUCUUCAUCAAUAGCCCUCAGUCUAUAAUUUUUAGAUCCUCCUUUUUGACUCUUAUCUCCCUAUAAUCAAUACUUUAUUUUGUUUUCCCUCACACAGUUCAUUAUUAUUCCUGGCUGGGCUGCAUACCUAGUAAAUUACCCUGGUUAAAAUGGGCUUGGAUGUAUAAACCACUUUUCAGUUCUAUUUUCUCACUAUUAUGUCAGUCUCCAAAGUCUUAAAAUUCAAAAGACUGACAUCAGAAUGGGAAGGUUUUUAUUUUUUAUUUGUGGGCAAAAUAUGGGCUGUAGGGCUUCUGCUUGAGCAACAUACAUGGUUAAUUAUGUCAUCCGGUAGCAGAAAUUUGACAUCAACAGUAUAGGGCACAUGUUAGAGUAGCGCCCCCUGCUGCCACAACAUAACUCCCAGAUUUGAUGUCAAUUCUGUUUUUUUCUGGGGUUUUUUUUCUAAUUGGGUGUCCACCUUGAUGAGUGUCCUUGGAAUACCUGUGAAAAGAGUUAAGAGAGUGUUGCCAAAAUUAUCUGAAAGUGCAACUAACUACCCUCCCCUGUUAUGGCUCUGUAAGACAAAUAUUCCUUGAUGGGAAUCAGUGUCGUGAUUUCUUUUCGUGUGCUUUAUCAGGCACAGUUACAUCUCUCUGAUCUGUCAUAUAAACUGUAGACCUCCACUCACUCAGACUUCUUCAAAGUGUCAUGAAAUUGACUGCAUUAAGGAAUUUCUCAGUCUGUAAGGUAUUUUGGGGUCAUAUGUCUCAAUAGAAGACCAGGGCCUAAGCCAGAACAUUUUCAUAAUGUUAGGAGAAUGCUGCUCUUCACUGGUGGCUGUUGAGGACAACAAAAACUUGGAGUUCCAAUUCCGAAUUUGAAUUGUUUUCGUAAGAGACAGUCUGCCAUCUUAGAUCACCUUUUGAGAAUUCCCUCUGGUGCGAUGGUGCUAUUAUUAUUAUUAUUAUAACGAUUGAUAAUAAUAAUAGGCCUAAUAUGAAUAAUAAUAUAUUUGACCUUUCUUCCGAUUAUAGAUGUCUUCAUAAGGUAUUUUAAUUGAUAAUGUGAGUUGUGUGAUUUUUUUCUUCCUCUUCAACCGAUCAGGGACAUUUUUCCUCCAUGCAUUGUUGCUUGGUAGAAUGCAUACAAUUAAAACAGUAUCCUUAGUCAAUUGAUAGGUUUAUGAAACUACAUGUUUCAAAGUAUGCUCUUUUUUAUUUAAUGUUUUCCAAUUAUUCACAAAUCUUGUCUCUGUUACCAGGUAGAAAAUAAAAAAUAGUUUAUUUGUAAAA